UCACUAACUUAAUAAAGUGUACUGAAAUAUACCUGUAGACUCUUAAGAUUUAAAUAUUGUUCCCGUACUUUUUUCAGUAGACAUCUUUUAUCGUUUCAAUGUGUCUCGGAAAAUUGUGUCAGCUUUGAAUCCUUCAUAACUCGCACUUUCUCUUCGAUAUCGCAUAUCUAUAACUUUGUUUCUCUUUAAUUUGCUAAGUUUCGAGUUUUAAAGAGUUGGUGAACAAAAUCCGUCCCGGAUUUUCUUGCGGCAUUGCAAAGCGAUCGUGAAUAAUCGGGAAGCUCGUUCGCGGAACGUUCGCUAACGCGAAAAGUUUACAGUAACAGCAGUUGACAUAUUUGUACAAUAAACAGAACCACGUCAUGCGAGAGCGAGAGCACUCUGAUAACGCAGGAAUGUAGGCACGAUUAGUCAUGCAACGGUAUACAGUGAGAGAGUAGCUGAGUGGCAGAUCGCGGAUUAUCAUCAUCGGAUAUUGCGACGCUGUCGUUUGAUGCGACGAUAUCGCGUGGCACUUUUCAACGGUGCGUCCGUUCCUGUACGAUCGAACAUGAUAACGCAACGUACUAUCACUUAGGGAAAGGGGAAACAAAAACGUUCGAUAACGCCGUGACGGCCGUCGUCGUAUCUUCUCGGAAAAAUCGUGAAUUAAUGAAACAUUCGAGACAAAUCUAACGGAAAGAAUUAAGAAAUUGAAUUAAAAUAAUUAAUGAUACAUGCGACCAUAAAUAGACUAUGCCAAAAAAAAGAGAAUGUUUGUUAAACGGACUGGAGAAUGCACGAAAAAAUAUAAAUUUACGAUGUACGAUGUUAAUAUAUUCGCAGUCUGACGAAGAGAAAAAAGAUUUUACGGUAGAAAGAGAGAGAGAGAGAGAGAGGAUAGAAGUGAAGUGGGAAGAGAGUGAGAAGUUCAAGGAUUUUUAAUUUCUCUAUCCUUACAGACGAGCUAUCGUUUCCAGAGGAAUAAGAUCGAAGAGAGGAAGAUCUCCGGUGAGACGCAAUGUUCGAGAACGUUACACGCUGUCACCGACAAAAUUGGAUCGCGGCGAUGCUCGAACGAGGAAGCGAGAUGGCGAAACGAAUGUCGUAGUAGAAAAUUCCUCGAAUCGGCGAUUCGGAUAAGCCUAAAGGAUCACCCCAUAUCGGACGAUCGUCGUCGUCAUCGAGAGGCAUGAAUUCAUCAAGAGACUGGGCGCAGAUUAUGAUCGACUCACGUAAUAUUGCGUGGCAUGUGUCACGUGUCGCGAGCAAGUCGAGAUAGCUUUUCGUGGUGCGAGCGAGAUUAAUCGCGAGCGCGAGCCAGUCGGUAAUUUAAUUGUAACGCUAGGCUAAGGCGAGAAAAUUGGAGGCGUCGGAUUUCGACGGCGCGGAUUUAAAGCACAAACAUGUCGGGGCGGCCUCGCGGUCGGCUCGGCGUGGAAUUGCCCGACGCUGGCUUGGUAUAAAACAGCCGGUGAUAAAGAAGUGGCGUGAAGCAGAAGAGGGAACCCUUUGAGCGCAUGGCAGAAGGAGAGAGAGGAGGGGAAGAAGAAGCGAGUGAGAGGCGCAAAAUGGGAGCAACGAAAUAUGUGUUAGGCAGCGCGAUCUUAGGACUUUUUUGGAGCAGCCUACUCAAGGGCGUCCUGACCAACUCCACCAGCAGGUGCGACUAUCCGCCCUGCUCCUGCGACCACUACGGCAGAUUGACUUGCGACUGCAAGGAGGAGGGAGAGGAAUUGAUCCUGACCACGGAGGGGGACAGACGGCUAAGUCCGCACACCAGUAGGAUAGCGGUUAGCAAUUGUUCAUCCGUGAUCCUCGCGAACUCGAGCCUAGUCUCGAUGACCGGACUGCGAUCGGUGGACCUGGUGAACGUGGCGAACCUAACUCUGGUCAGGCAGAGCUUCGAAUUGUCGUCGUACAGCACGCGCACGCGAAUCUCCGUGCGGAACAGCAGCAUCGACGUAAUGCCGAGCUUCGUCUUUCGCGGUGACGUCGAGGCGAUCACGUUCGAGAACGUACGGAUCGGCCAGCUGAGUGCCUUCUCGUUCGCCAAUUUGGUUCACACGGAAAACCUGCGGCUGGAGAACUGUCGCGUCGAGACGACGGAGGCACAGGCCUUUAAGAAAUUCGACGUCGGCUAUCUGCAUGUGAUCGGCGGCACGUUCGGCGAUCAAAUGCCAAGUCGCACGAUGAACGACAUCGAGGUCUAUCACAAAUUCAUGUUGGACGGCGUGAAAAUGGGCGUCGUCAGGAGCAACGCCUUCAUCGUGAGGAGUCCACGCACGGUGGCGAUACAGAAUUGCGAGAUCGACAACCUGGAGAGCGAGGCUUUCGACGUGACGACGCACGGCGCCGUCAUCAUCAAGAACAACACUUUCGGUAGCAUCGGCGAGGGCGCGUUUCUAGGCAUUCGCGCGGAUCGCGAAACGAGAUCGCCGCCGUCGUCCUCGUCGUCGAUGCACGACCUCAUCUUCAAGAGCAAUAACGUCAGCAGCUUCGAGGAAGGCUCGCUGAUGUUCGAUCGCAUGAGCUUUCGGCCCGAAAUCGAUAAUCUUCUCAUCUCGCAACCGUGCGACUGUCAGAUGUUACCCGUAUGGAAGAACAACGUGCUCAACUACACGAACGUCUACUCGCGAUAUUAUGCGAGACAAAAUUCACUAAUACCGCCCCAAUCGCAAUCCCAAGAGCCCAUCAACGAAACUCCGGAGACCUUCUUGUGUCUGGAUGGCGGAAUGGACGGCGCGCCGAUCACUUUCGUCGAUUAUGAGGCACGUCACUGCUCACUCGGCGGUUCCAUGCUCGUUUUCAUUUUAAUCAUCGUGGGUGCUAUUCUCGCCCUGAUAGUGUGCGUGUGUCUGAUUGUCUGGUGCUGUCGAAGGCGCCGACAAAACAACAGGAAAAAAUGGAUCAGCGUGCCGACCAACGCACCCGACGUGGUCUCGAAGAAGAACGGCGUGAUCGGCAGGGAGGCCGCGACGUCCGGCACGCCGGUCGACAGUAGGAUAACGAUGGUCGUACCGGACGGCAGAUUGUACCGGGAGACGGAGUUCCACGUGAUCGUCGAGAAGGCCGAGCCGCUCACGACCGAGUUGUAACGAGACGCCCCGGGCGGUUCGACGAAGAGACCCACGAUCGUCGCUCCCGUUGAAGAGGAACUCGAGUGGGCGGAAACGUCGAGUCGCUUUCGAGUGUACAAGCUGUGAGAGCUACGAGAGACGCCGCGCGAGACGGCGCCAGUGAAGAACAGUGUGACCGUAAAAACUUAGAUACCCGAUAUUUUCCGACGUUGAACGUCAGAAGAGUCCUUCCGGUGAACGAAAGAGGAAUUUCUCGGACGUUAAUCGCGCGCGUAAUAUCUGGCUGCGUUAAAUCGUUAUCGCUUGGGAUAUAAUAGAACGCGAAAUGUACGCAGCUCCGAAAUCGUAUCUCGUUUUUAAUUUAAUUAAUUAUCUCUCCUAGUACAACGCAGUUCGUAAGCUUCCAUUCACAUAUCACCUGCGGCCGCCGAUUAUCCACUGCGCAAUUUCUUGUCAUUCCUCGGACCGUUAAAGGCGGCCACGGCAAUUAAAAAGUUUUUUUUUUUCAGAACGAGCCGCGAAUUCGGAUAAUCGGUCGCCGCUGUUAGUUAAGUUUAUCUAAACUUUCGAAAAAGAGAGAAAAAAGAGAGUCAGCGUCGUAGAAGAUGAAGCGAGAUGAAAAUGUUUGUUGGAGCGAUGCGACUUGGAAGGCAGGAAAGAAGAGAGUGAAAAGAUCGUAAUGUGUAGAAAAAAAUCCUAAAACUCGCUGUCUUGCGUAAGAUACGCGAUUGGGUUGACCUUUCGCAUUCCUGUUGCUUUAAGUUCAUCGAUCGAUAGCGAUAGCGCGGUAUUAAUGAAACAUUAGUGAGCGUUUCGAGCGAAAAUCACGAUACGAAAGGACCAAAAAACUGGGAUGAUCACUCGCUCGGAUAACUGUGCCAUUUCUGGACACAAUACAUAAUUCGUGUCUAUUCCAUAAAAAAUUCUGAUCUCUCGAAUACAAGGAAAAAAGCGAAUAAAUAUAAAUGAAACUCUUCGCUAAACUUUCAUAUCAAAAUCGUUCCAAAACUAUCAUUUUUAUAGUGAAAAAGAUUAAUAGUAAUGUAACAAACAAUGUUAAAGAACGAAAAUAAACCGGCAAGAUCAAUUUACUAAA